AUUGUGACAGCAUGGCCAUGACUGCAGAUGGCUGCAUUCAAUUCACACGUCACGCGGGCGACGUCCUGCUCAACUUCAACCGGCUCCGCAGCCGAAACCUCCUGACGGACGUCACCAUACAGGUGGGCGGUCAGCUGUUUCAUGCUCAUAAGGCCAUCCUGGUGGCCUGCAGUGGCUUCUUCUAUUCUGUGUUCAUGCAACCUGAGAACGCCAACCUUGGUGCCAUUAGUUUGGACCCCAAAGUGGACCCUAAAGGUUUCUCCCUUCUGCUGGACUUCAUGUACACUUCCUGCCUGAACCUUAAUGAGAGUCUGGCCUUGGCUACCCUGAACUCAGCCGUCUACCUCCAGAUGGAACACGUAGCAGACACCUGCCACAGGUUCAUCAAGUCCAGGCAGCAGUCUCUGAAUGUGCAGCUCGAGGAGCUGCAGAACAACUCGUCAUAUCUGGCUGAAGAAAUCUUCAAAAAGUCUGUAGAGGAAAAAGAGCCAGACCUCAGAAGCAACCACUUCUCCAGAUCUUCUCCUGUGCAGGAGCGUGCAGGUUACAUCCCCAGUGUUUUCAGGGGCAUCAACACCACUGGCUCCUACCAUGUCUAUGGAGACCUUCGUGUCCCUGCUGGGACUCUGGAAGCUUCUCAUAAGAUGGCGUUCCCCUGCUCCAUCAUCCAACCGGCAGCAGCUCACGGCAGCCUUCAGGGCCCGGCUGCUCCCAUGGAGGGAGACAACGUCCACCACCCGCAGACCGGCUGUCUCAGAUUGUCCCCAAGCUGCAGCAAAGGUGUCAUUUGUAGUCCCCAGAGCCCUCUCAGGUCUGACUGCCAGCCAAACUCCCCCACUGAAUCCAGCAGCAGCAUAAACGCAAACAUGAGCCUUCAACCUCCAGACUGCCCCAGGUAUGCCAAGGCUCGCAACUGGAAGAAGUUCAAGUUCAUCGUUAUGAACCAGACCUUGGAUGAGAACGGGAAGGAGGCUCAGAGAGGCGGUGCAGUGGAGGGGCCAGCGUCCCCCUCACUGAGCCCCUCCAGGAGUGAAGCAGUAGGUGGACACAGUGAGUCCCAGGGAGACGACAGCAGCCACAGGGAGGACACGCCUUCACCUCGGAGUGAGCUCAGCUGCAGCAGCAGCUGUGAUCAUCUUCAUCAGAUGGAGACCGCUCAUUUAUCUCCUGCCUCCUACACUUCAGAUGACACCACGAAGACACGCUCAGAUUAUUCCCCCUCCAGCUGUGAAAGUCACUACUUCUGCAAAGGAUGUGACUCAAAGUUCACAGAGGAAGAGUCGCUGAAAGAGCACAUGGUUCAGGUCCACAGUGACAAGCCGUACAAGUGUGACUGCUGCCAGGCCGCCUUCCGCUACAAGGGCAACCUGGCCAGCCACAAAACCGUUCACACCGGUGCAAAGCCGUACCGCUGCAACAUCUGCGGCGCUCAGUUCAACCGCCCAGCCAACCUGAAGACCCACGCCCGGAUCCACUCUGGAGAAAAGCCGUACAAGUGUGAGACAUGUGGCUCCAGAUUUGUCCAGGUGGCCCACCUUCGUGCUCAUGUGCUGAUCCAUACCGGAGAAAAACCGUACCCCUGUGAGAUCUGCGGGACGCACUUCCGCCAUCUUCAAACGCUCAAGAGCCACAUGCGCAUCCACACAGGAGAGAAGCCUUAUCAUUGUGAAAAGUGCGACCUCCACUUCAGACACAAGAGUCAGCUCAGGCUUCAUCUCCGACAGAAGCACGGCGCCGUCACCAACACCAAGGCUCAGUAUCGCAGGUCCCCCAGCAGCACGACUGCAGGACUGGUGGACUCCUGCUGAGCCCGCUGCACUUCACAUCUAUUUGAUUUUGUUUUUACUGAACUCAGAAAAACUUACUCGGUAUACAUCGGCCUUGUAAGUGAUGCUCAUGACUUGAUGUCAGCUCUGUGGAGUUUCAGACUCCAGGCGUUCAAAUGGCAGAAUGUACGUUUUGAUUGUGAACAUGAAUCCUCUCAUUUUGGGAAAUAUUGUGACAGAAUGUCUGCAUUGAGGCAGCCCUCAUGUUGAGAUAAAUGGUUACUCUUUCGUUUCAGUUACUGCAAUAGAUUUAUGUGGUCUUACGCCGUCAUAUGCUGUUUUUAAUGUAAAUAAGAUAAUAUAUAUUUUUCAGAUUGCCGUUUGCCGUCGCAGUAUAAAUAUAUUUACAUUUGGUACGUUUUUGGUGUUCUUUCUCACAUGCAGUAGUCACACGAGAUUUGUGUUUUGCUGUGUUGUAGUUUGCGGUACGCGUUGUAAUAUUCAGAUUUGUACUGGACAGCAGUUUAUUGUACAUAUCGUGUUUUCAGUCGUUUUACCGU